CAACACCAGCCCCCCGAUUGCCUACAGAAUAUUCCCGAUCGUCGCCGCUCAGCUGUCUGAAGGCUUACUCAUAGUCCACUCUAGUUCCCCACUUUGUACGGCAACCACCACGGCAGAUGUCUCCUUCACCUUUUAAUGCCGCCACGGCACGAGAACACCUGGCCGCUAUCCGCCUCGGCACCGCAGAGCCCGGCAUCCACGACACAGACAUUCACCUAGAUUACGACCCCACCAAGAUCGUCGAGCUAGGCACCAAGCUCGUUGCAACGCAAAGUCUCGACACGAUAGAGCGCCUUGCCGUCCAUGAGCAGGUGCUCAUCGCGGCUUUGGACGCCGGUGACGUCCCAUCCGCCACAAAGCAGUUCCAGGCCUUACAACAACAAUUUCCUGUGAAAAGCUCGAUUCGCAUGCAGAGGUUGCAGGGGUUGAUCAAAGAAGCAGAGAAGGAUUACGCAGGCGCGCAGGCAAUCUACGAAGCCGCGGUACAGGAAGACGAAACCAACGUGACAAUACACAAGCGCCUGAUAGGACUGUUGGUGUCCCAGGGAAAGCGGGCCGAAGCGAUCGAGAAGCUGGUGGUGUACGUGGAUGCCUUCAUGCAGGACGUGGAAGGAUGGGCAGAAUUGGCGUCACUGUACCUGGCGGAGAACCUGAUCCCACAGGCGGCGUUUUGCCUGGAGGAGAUCCUGGUUCUGAGGCCGCAGAACCACCUCUACCACAUUCGAUACGCGGACGUGACAUACACGUUGGGCAAGUUCGACGUCGCUUUAAAGCAUUACUGUGCUGCGCUGGAAUUAUGUAGAGACAAUACCCGAGCGCUGUAUGGGAUGAGGCUUGCAUCAGACGCUGUCUUGCGCUCAAGGGCGAAAGACUCAGCCAGCUCGUCGCCUGCGACGAAACGGGGAAAGGGCGGCAUGGUGGUCGUGAAAGAGAAGGAUGAUGGGGAACGUGAUUUUGUGACGGAGGACACGUUGCAGGCGCUGAAGAAGCUGGCAGGGGAUCGGCUGGUGGACGUGUAUGAGCGAAACGGGAACAGCGGGACUCGCUCGACAACGAUUCUAAAGGCUUGGUUGCAGACUGGUGAACAGGCAUGAGGGGACGUGGGCAUGACGAACAUACAGCAGCUUGUAAAUACAUGUUUGAGG